AAAAUAUCUCUCUCUCUCUCUGAGACUCUGACUGAGAAGAAAGAAAGAAGUUGACUGACAUGAGAAGAAAGGGACAAGAGCGCGUCUCGAAACGCCGUCAAUGUUGGGUUGCUGAUACUAAUAAAUGCAGGCUAAUGGCUAAAGGGGUUUCUUUCUUUCUACUUUCUACUUUACUAUUGGUCAAAAAGGCUCACACACACGAGGGUACUUGUGGAGCAGGUAGGUAGAGUCAACCCAGUUCCGAAUUAUGACCACGGAAGAAGGUUUAAGCUUUUUAAAAUGGCAGACAAGUCAAGAUCAAACCUAGCAAACACCCAUCAAGGGAUUUUGCCAUCCCAGAAGCUUUCUCUUAUCCGCUUGCCUUUUUGGAAAAUUCUCUUAGGGAACUAGUACUAGUAUUGCUGAUCUCAAUAGUGAGGCACCAUGGUGUUCCCUCAAAGACUCUAUCUACAUGCGCUCCUUGUUGCCUGUUGUUGCGUCCUUCUGCUUGCCGAUGCUCAAAGAACCCACCCUUCAGAAGUCACUGCUUUACGAUCUGUUAAAAGAAGUCUACUUGACCCUAAAGAUUAUUUGAGAAACUGGAAUAGAGGCGACCCUUGCAGAUCAAAUUGGACUGGAGUUAUCUGCUUUAAUGAGAUUGGUACUGACGACUACCUGCAUGUCCGAGAACUGUAUGAAUUUGCUUCUUUUUUUUCUUCUUAUGUACCUUCUUGCUUUCGCUGUUAGUCUGCUUGUAUAUAUGCUGGAGUUAACUAAAAGGCUUUACUUUUGGGAGAAGCUGGUUCAGUUGUCUUUUUUUUUUCUCUUUUCUCGGAACAGUUGCUUACAUGACCAGAUAUUCCUUCCCUGAUCCUUCCUUUUAUUGCCAAGCAGCCUGCUGAUGAAUAUGAAUCUCUCCGGGACUUUGUCACCAGAGCUCCAAAAAUUAGCUCAUCUCGAAAUAUUAGAUUUCAUGUGGAAUAAUAUAAGUGGUUCAAUUCCAAACGAGAUAGGACAGAUAUCAUCCCUGGUACUCUUGCUGCUGAAUGGAAACAAACUUUCAGGGACUUUACCAAGCGAACUCGGGUAUCUUUCGAACUUGAACAGGUUCCAGAUAGAUGAGAAUAACAUCACAGGACCAAUACCAAAGUCCUUUUCCAACUUGAAAAAAGUGAAACAUCUUCACUUCAACAAUAAUUCGUUGACCGGCCAGAUUCCAGUUGAGCUUUCCAAUCUUACUAACAUCUUUCAUGUGCUGCUAGACAACAAUAAAUUAUCUGGAAAUCUUCCACCACAACUCUCUGCAUUGCCAAACCUGCAAAUCCUGCAACUUGAUAAUAACAACUUCAGUGGAUCCGAUAUCCCAGCUUCCUAUGGAAACUUUUCGAAUAUUCUAAAGCUGAGUCUUAGAAAUUGUAGUUUGAAAGGGGCACUUCCUGAUUUUAGCAAGAUACGUCAUCUCAAAUACUUGGAUCUUAGCUGGAAUGAACUCACAGGACCUAUACCUUCCUCUAAUUUUUCUAAGGAUGUGACAACCAUUAAUUUAUCAAACAACAUACUUAACGGAUCCAUCCCGCAGAGCUUCUCAGAUCUCCCUUUACUUCAGAUGCUAUUGCUGAAAAACAAUAUGUUAUCUGGAUCUGUCCCUGAUUCCCUUUGGAAGAAUAUCUCUUUUCCGAAGAAAGCUAGACUUCUACUUGAUCUUAGGAAUAAUUCUCUGUCACGUGUUCAAGGAGAUCUAACUCCUCCACAAAAUGUCACUUUAAGGCUUGAUGGCAAUCUGAUCUGCACUAAUGGAAGCAUAUCAAACGCAAACCUAUUCUGUGAGUCCAAAGGCAAAGAGUGGAUAUCACUACCAAACAAUUCAACCAAUUCUGCACUGGACUGUCCUCCUCUUGCCUGUCCCACUCCUGACUUCUACGAAUACAGUCCAGCAUCCCCAUUACGAUGCUUUUGUGCAGCGCCUCUUAGAAUUGGAUAUCGUCUCAAAAGUCCUAGUUUCUCAUACUUCCCUCCAUAUAUUGAUCAAUUUGGCGAGUAUGUUACCGAUUUCCUUCAAAUGGAACCAUAUCAACUCUGGAUCGACUCAUAUCAAUGGGAGAAAGGGCCUCGUCUGAGGAUGUAUCUGAAACUUUUUCCGAAAGUUAAUGAAACCUAUACAAGAACAUUUAACGAGAGUGAAGUUCUCAGAAUCCGAGGCAUAUUCGCUUCAUGGAGAUUUCCUGGUAGUGACUUAUUUGGCCCGUAUGAACUGCUCAACUUCACUCUGCAGGGGCCUUAUUCAUAUGUUAACUUCAACAGUGAAAGGAAAGGCGUCAGCUGGCGACGAUUGGCAGCAAUAACUGCAGGGGCUGUGGUGACUGCUGUUGCGAUAUCCGCUGUGGUUGCAGCCUUGUUGCUUAGAAGAUACAGCAAGCACGAGCGAGAGAUAUCUAGAAGACGGUCAUCCUCGAAGGCUUCCUUGUUGAAUUCUGGGAUAAGAGGCUUUAGUUUCAAAGAGCUAGCAGAGGCCACCGACGAUUUUAGCAGCUCAACUUUGGUUGGGCGCGGAGGCUAUGGAAAGGUUUACAGAGGUGUCUUAUCUGACAAUACUGUUGCUGCAAUAAAGCGAGCAGAUGAAGGGUCUUUGCAAGGUGAAAAGGAGUUCUUGAAUGAAAUAGAGCUGCUCUCGAGGUUGCAUCAUCGGAAUCUUGUGUCACUGAUCGGUUACUGUGAUGAAGAAAGCGAGCAGAUGCUGGUGUACGAAUUUAUGUCAAAUGGCACCCUGCGCGACUGGUUGUCUGCUAAGGGGAAGGAGUCAUUGAGCUUUGGGAUGAGGAUUCGUGUUGCGUUGGGAGCAGCAAAAGGUAUUCUCUACCUUCACACAGAAGCCAACCCGCCAGUUUUCCACCGAGACAUCAAAGCCAGUAACAUCCUCCUCGACCCCAACUUCAAUGCCAAAGUUGCAGACUUUGGACUGUCUCGACUUGCUCCUGUUUUGGAGGACGAAGAGGAUGUGCCUAAGCACGUCUCAACCGUUGUCCGUGGGACUCCAGGGUACCUGGAUCCUGAAUAUUUCCUGACACACAAGCUGACGGACAAGAGCGAUGUUUACAGCAUCGGAGUUGUGUUCUUGGAGCUGCUGACUGGUAUGCACGCCAUAUCCCAUGGAAAAAAUAUAGUACGAGAGGUGAAGACGGCUGAGCAGAGGGAUAUGAUGGUAUCGCUGAUAGACAAGAGAAUGGAGCCGUGGUCGAUGGAAAGUGUUGAAAAGUUUGCGGCUUUGGCACUGAGGUGUAGCCACGACUCACCAGAGAUGAGGCCAGGAAUGGCGGAGGUGGUGAAGGAGCUGGAGUCACUGCUCCAAGCAUCCCCCGAUAGGGAGACAAGAGUGGAAUUGGCGUCAUCUUCGUCAGUGCUGUCAACAUCGUCGUCGAAUGUGACAAGAGACCUUUACGAGUCGUCGAGCCUUCUAGGAAGCGAUCUCAGCAGCGGCUUUGUUCCCAGCAUCGCUCCUCGCUGACUCCAACCAUUGCAUCUAUGUACAAAUCUCUAUACAUAUACUUUGACUCCACCUUUCUUACUUUUUAACCAAUUAGAUAUCUUCCAGUUACACUGUAAUAUAUUCUUUUCAAAAAUCGUUAAUACCAAACUUCGAAUC